UUUCAUAAUUCUGAGGUAGCACAUUACGAGAAUAAAAAGCAAGUUUAUAUACAAGAUAUAGGGGUGACCAAAACAAGUCGUGGGAUAUGAGAGCUGUCGGAAUGGGUAGGGAGAACCUCGCCCUUCCUCACGUCUUGCUGGUCUCCUUCCCGGGCCAAGGCCACGUCAACCCCCUCCUCCGCCUUGCCAAGCGCCUCGCCGCCAAGGGCCUCCUCGUCACCUUCUCCUCCACCGACGUCAUCGGCCGCCGCAUCGCGUCCGCCACCAAGAACUCCGCCGAUCCCGGCGACGCCGUGCCUGUAGGCCGCGGCCAACUCCGCUUCGAAUUCUACCGGGACAGCUGGGAACCCGACGACCCCCGCCACCACGACCUCGACGCCCUCAUGGCCCACCUCUCCGACGUCGGUGUCCCCGCCCUCGCCGACCUCAUCCGCCGCUCCGCCGAUGCCGGCCGCCCGGUGUCGUGCGUCGUCAACAACCCGUUCAUCCCCUGGGUGCUCGACGUGGCCACCGACAUGGGCAUCCCCUGCGCCGUCCUCUGGGUGCAGUCCUGCGCCGUCUUCUCCACUUACUACCACUUCCACCACUCCCUCGCCGAGUUCCCCUCCGAGGCCCAUCCCGACGUGUCCGUGACUCUCCCCGGCAUUCCCACACUGAGACCCAAGGAUCUCCCAUCCUUCCUCCUUCCAUCCAAUCCGUACAAAUCACUGACGGCCGCGAUCCUCCAGCAGUUCCAGAACCUCUCCAAGGCGACGUGGGUGCUGGCCAACACCUUCGAGGAGCUCGAAAGCGAUGCAAUCAAGGCCAUCUCCGAGCUGUCGCCGCUCAUCCCGGUCGGCCCGCUUGUGGAGGCUAACGACGGCGAGGAGUCGCAGAAGGCCAUAAAGGGGGACUUGUUCAAGGCGGCCGACUGCAUGGAGUGGCUCGACGCGCAGGAUCCGCUGUCCGUGGUCUACGUAUCGGUGGGGAGCGUCGUGAUUUUGAGCCGGGAGGAGAUGGAAGAGAUGGCCUGCGCGCUAAAGAACAUCGGCCGGCCGUUCAUUUGGGUGGUGAGGGACGAUUGCCGGAACCUCCUCCCAGAGAAUUUCGUCGAGGAGACCAGGGAGAAGGGAAUGGUAGUCGGGUGGAGCCCCCAGGACCGAGUGCUGGCUCACGGCUCGGUGGCGUGCUUCGUGACGCACUGCGGCUGGAACUCCACACUGGAGGCGCUGACGUCCGGAGUGCCGGUGGUGGCGUAUCCCCAGUGGGGGGACCAGCUGCCGGACGCCAAGUUCUUGGUAGAUGUUUAUCGGGUCGGUGUACGGCUGGGGGCGCCGGCGAAGCGGGAGGAGAUGGAGAGGUGCGUUGAGGAGGUGACGACGGGGCCGGAGGCGGAGGGGAUGAGGAAGCGGGCGGUGGUGUGGCGGGAGGCGGCGAGGAAGGCGUUGGCCGAGGGCGGCUCUUCCGACCGGAAUAUUCAGGCCUUUGUGGGUGAGAUCCGGAGGAGGGCUAGUAGUGCGGAUGGGGUUUAGGUGUUUACUUUUGGCCUUUGGACUGUGCUGAUGGUCUUGUUGCUAAACAAAAAACAGCGUCAGCCUUAGCAUCAAAUUACAUUGGAAAAUAAGUUCGUUUUUAUUGGUAAA